AUGACAUUUCCAAACGCUGAUGCGCAGAAAAUUGCCGUGCAAAAAGAUGUGGAUGAAGUAGUUGCCGCAGCGCAACGCUUUUUGCACGGCAGCGGUAACGCUACGAGCGAUGAAGCCAAAGUUGACCUACAAAAAAAGGCGUCCAACCUGGUGCAAACUAUCCGGGGGCCCAUACCAGCGGCAUUGUCGUCCAUGGAGGAUAUUGUGAAAGUGGCAUCACUGCGCACUCUUUUCGAGGCCGGGGUCUUCCAUGCCAUGCCCAAAGGCGGCGCUUCCAUGACAGCCAGCGAGAUAUCUGCACAGACAGGUUUGGAUAAAGGCAUACUGAUCCGUCUCAUGCGAGCAGUGACGCCUCUUGGUCCCUUUCAUGAAGUGGGCGAAGAGGAAUACGCCCACACGCCCUUUUCGGAGGCCUAUCUGACCGCAGAUAUUGCGGGCUGCUUCCCAGUCAUGUCAAACUUCAUCUUCGGGCCGGUCUUGCAGAUCUGCGACUUCCUCCGCCAGAACAAUUGGAAAGAUGCCAUCACGACCCGCAACAACCCAUUUACUCUUGCUCAUAACUGCCCGGGUGAGACGAUGUUUGAGUAUCUUUACAAGAACUCGAAGAACGUGGCGCCUGUGACCAAGGCUGAAGCUGCGGAUGUCGACCAGAUUGCUAUGGAUCUAUAUCCGUGGGAAGACCGACUCUCUGAUGCUAAAGGGUCUAAUGCAACUCUCGUUGACAUCGCCGGCAGUCACGGCAACGGCACGCGAGCGAUUAUGGCACUCGCUCCAAAAUUAAAUGGGUGCCGAUUCAUCGUGCAAGAUCUUGAACCAGUCAUUGGUGAGCACAGCCAAGCUCUGCGCGCCGAAGGGAUCGAACCGCAAGUUUAUGACUUUCUGAAGCAAGAACAACCUGUUCACGGGGCCUCGAUUUACUACUUCCGCCGCGUCUUUCACGACUGGCCUGAUUUGCCUGAAGGUAAAAAGAUUCUCGACAAUACUCGUGCUGCAAUGAGCCGGGAGCACUCCCGCAUCCUGAUACACGACAUCAUCGUCCCAGAAAUCGGUGCGACGAUGAGUCACGCCUGGCAGGAUCUCAGUUUGAUGGCCAUUGGGGGUAUGGAGCGUACCGAGAAGGAUUUCGCCCGGCUCUUGGACAUUGCUGGCUUGGCGCUGGUGAAGGUGUGGCGAAAACCUGGAGACAUGAUGGGCAUCAUCGAGGCCAGGUUGAAAUAA